UCUUUUGGAGUGACCAAAAAGCAAAAAAAGGAACAAAAAAAAAAAAAAACAUUUUUGGGCAGUGGGGUAUAUGGGUUUUUGGCUUUAAGCUUUCUCACCGCUUUCGAUUUUGCUUCACAACCUACACACACCUAGUUAAAAGAGAGAGAAAGUUCUAGACAGAGAAUGGCAGGAGGAGGAGCUGGUCCGAAGGCAGACGAGCCACAGCCACAUCCACCAAAGGAUCAGCUACCCGGAAUCUCUUACUGCAUUACCAGUCCACCUACAUGGCCUGAGGCCAUUCUGCUUGGUUUUCAGCAUUAUCUUGUGAUGCUUGGCACCACGGUUCUCAUUCCCACUGCUCUUGUUCCCCAGAUGGGAGGUGGAAAUGACGAGAAGGCUAAGGUGAUCCAGACGCUGCUCUUGGUCGCCGGUUUGAACACAUUGCUGCAGACAAUGUUUGGGACUCGAUUACCUGCUGUUAUUGGGGGGUCGUAUACCUUUGUUCCCACCACAAUUUCAAUUAUCCUUGCCGGUCGAUUCAACGAUUCCUCAGAUCCUGAUGAGAGAUUUAAAAGGACAAUGCGAGCAAUUCAGGGUUCUCUCAUUAUUGCUUCAACUCUUCAGAUUGUCUUGGGUUUCAGUGGCCUUUGGCGCAACGUCACCAGGUUUUUAAGUCCACUUUCAGCUGUUCCUUUGGUAGGUCUAGUUGGUUUUGGCCUCUAUGAGUUAGGUUUUCCUGGGGUUGCCAAAUGUGUUGAGAUUGGACUUCCACAGCUUAUUCUUUUAGUCUUUGUUUCACAGUAUUUGCCGCACAUAUUUCACACAGGAAAGCAUGUCUUUGACCGGUUUGCUGUCAUAUUUACGGUGGUGAUUGUGUGGAUUUAUGCCCACCUGCUCACUGUUGGUGGGGCAUACAAUGAUGCAGCCCCCAAAACACAAACAAGCUGCCGUACUGAUCGGGCAGGACUUAUUGAUGCUGCUCCAUGGAUAAGAGUUCCUUACCCAUUUCAAUGGGGAGCACCUUCUUUUGAUGCUGGUGAAGCCUUUGCCAUGAUGAUGGCUUCUUUUGUUGCUCUUGUGGAGUCCACUGGUGCUUUUAUUGCGGUUGCAAGGUAUGCUAGUGCUACGGCGAUUCCACCUUCUAUUCUCAGCCGCGGAGUUGGUUGGCAGGGAAUUGGCAUUCUGAUUUCGGGGUUGUUUGGAACUGUGAAUGGGUCCUCAGUAUCUGUAGAGAAUGCUGGUCUUUUGGCUUUGACACGCGUUGGCAGUCGAAGGGUGGUGCAAAUAUCGGCGGGAUUCAUGAUAUUUUUCUCCAUUCUUGGGAAGUUCGGAGCUGUAUUUGCUUCAAUCCCGGCUCCCAUCAUUGCUGCUCUGUACUGCCUUUUCUUCGCUUAUGUUGGCUCGGGAGGUCUUAGCUUCCUGCAGUUCUGCAACCUCAAUAGCUUCCGAACAAAGUUCAUCCUCGGCUUCUCUAUCUUCAUUGGUUUGUCUGUACCGCAGUAUUUCAAUGAGUACACAGCAAUCAACGGUUACGGUCCAGUUCACACCGGCGAAAGAUGGUUUAAUGAUAUCAUCAACGUCCCCUUACAAUCAGAAGCGUUUGUCGCGGGCUGCGUGGCGUAUUUCCUCGACAAUACGUUACAUAGGAGGGAUGGCGCAAUCAGGAAAGACAGAGGUAAACAUUGGUGGGACAAGUUCAGGUCCUACAAGGGUGACACAAGAAGUGAGGAGUUUUAUUCUCUUCCAUUCAAUCUAAACAAAUACUUCCCAUCUGUGUAAUUUUUGGGGAUGUUGAGUUACGACGGAGUUCUCUCUUAUCGAGUAACUGAUCCGUCUGAAGUUAUCUCACUAGCUCUUUCUCCCUGCUGUAACGUUAUAAAACCAUUGUUGUUAAUUGUGCAUCUUUUUCACACGCUUAAGCAAGUAUUAGCUUAGUCUCUUUCCUUUUGUAUGACGCUUUUAGUACAAUUUCAUUCCAUUAUAUUCCUUGCUGUAAAUCCAACUAAGGGAAAGUGAAUCUAAAGUAGCAAUGAAGUUUGUCUGCUC